AUGGAGAAAAAUGAACGAGAAGAUACAGAAGAUAAUGGUUCCUGGGAAGAUGAUGAAAUUGAUGAAAGCCAUCAAAGGAAGGUUGGCCGUUCAUACCUAGGAAACGCUGGAUGGGCCACCUGGAGAUGGGCACCUGCUAAACUAAUGGCCCCAUUUCAA